UUUUCGCAUAUGAUAUAUGGUAAAUUAAGGAUGUGCAUAACAAGAUCAAACCGUUCUACUUUAGGUUACAUGUGUUGCGAUUGGGUCACGCGACAAAUCCUUGUCAGUGUGGGUUCUCCCACGCGUAAAACGCCCGGUUGUUGUUCUUCAACGUCUUUUCAAGCAUUCUGUAACGGAUAUGUCUUGGCGUGGCACCGAUUUGGUUGUAUCAUCUCAGGACGGUUCCAUCAAAUAUCUCUCGUUUCGUGAAAAGGAACUGGGCACGAUGCUUUCACCGCAGAAGAUGGGUAACGUUUGUGAAUCGCUGUACAAGAUCCGUCCAGCACAGUAUUGUAACUAUAGUAAUGGGAAUGCGGUAGACACACCUUCAAAAGGAAAUAGCUCAUUUAUUGAUUCCCCAGAGGAGCUUUUAGCGAAGAGAAAGGCAGAAGCUGCCGUAACGAAGGAGCCGACUAAGUCCAACGAACUCACCGCCUCGCAAGCCAAGUCGAACACCCAGAACGCUGCUUCGAAAGUUCUUACAGAGCAAAGACAACAGCAAGUUGAGGUAAGCAAACAACGAAUUUUCGCCAUUUCUGGAAAUAUCAGCCUGUUUUCCUAA